CAACUAUCACUGUUACCUAUCAAUCAACCUCACUAUCUUCCCCAUACAAUCCACCAUCUAUCACACCCUUCAAUCAUCUAAACUCCACGCCCAAUACUAUUUAUUCUCAACAAUACAAUAAUCUUCCCAUACAAACCAACCAAUCACCCACCCAUCCACUCACCAUCCAUCCCUCCAACCCAAUCCAUCCAAACCUUCCCCGCACGAACCACCACCGCACCACAAAGUCACACACAAGAAGUAAAAUGGGCAACAUCUGCUCCAAAUCCUCCAACCAACCGGACGCCUUCUCCUCCCCCGGUCGUGUCCUCGGCUCAGGCCCGAACCCCCCAGCAAAAGAUUCCUCUUCCUCCGCCCCGCGCGCCCCGCUCCCCUCCAACGCCAAACCCGCCUCGAACUGGGGUUCUGGACCCUCUGGAAGGACGUUAGGGUCGCCUGCUGCUGCUGGGGAAGGCAACGGGGAUGCGACUGCGGAUGCGAGGACGAAAGCUGCGUUGGCGGCGCAGAAACGAGCCGAGUCCGCUUCUGCAGCUGGGAGUAAAGGAAAGCUAGGCACCAAGUUAGCGGCGCAGAAGGCGCAGACGCAGAAUCAGACGUUGAAUGAGGCUAGUCGGGAUGAGGUGGCUGCUAGGGACGCUGAUGGGGCGGCGGAGGCGAGGAGGUGGCAGUAGUUCUUCCAUUUUACUACUAUGUAUCUGUGUGGGGGUGGGGGUUUGUGGUUUUGGUUACGUGGAGUUGAUUCUUUUAUGGAUGUGAGUGAGCGGUUUAGCGGGAUAUAUUACUGUCUUUUUCGGUUUGUUAAGACUUGUCUUUAUUGUUGAUACCAGAGCAGCUUAGCUUAUCUUAUC